UUUACUCUCCUGGUCUCUUCAGUUAGCUUGAGCUAGACAACUCUGCGGGAAGAAAUUUGCUGGUUAUACUAUUGGUACUUGGCUUAGCUACUAAAUCAAGACAGAAAGAAGCCUGGAUUUGUUGGAGAUUACGCGUAAUUUCGUUUUUGAAGUUAGCAAUAACUAGAAAACCUCUUGCUCUGUUUCGAUUCCUCCUGAAUUUACUGAAAUCAUUAUCUUCUGUCUGGGCUUGUCCAUGUUCAACCCAAAAGUUAGGAAUUUGUACCGUAAAUUUGGUAGUUUUUAGUUUCUCUUAUAUUUCUGAUUAGGGUCAUCUUGGUUUAGACUUUUGUGUUGUUUCUUCAAUUUACUUUUGCAAUUUCUUUAGAUGGUCACUGUGCCAUUUUUCUUGAGUUUCCAUCCUUUCAAUAGUCCCAUCUUCAAAAGGUGGUAGAGAACUGUAUUCUCUGAUGGAAUCUUUCGUGGGGUGGAACUGGAUAUAGGUGAUUAUGAUGAAAAAGGAUAGAUCUUUUGAGUUUGAUCAUGGUGCCACCUUUUAGCAUUGAAUUUGGUAACUAGCCCACCUUAAUGGAUGUGGGUUCCUAGCUUCUGCUUCUGGAAAACAAGAUGACUACGGACACGAUUCUAAAUGUUUCACUUGUUCAGCCUUCAGAAGUCCUUUCUCAGAUUGUAGAGGCCAUAGUUGAGACAGUAAAUGCAGCAGAUGUCCUCAUUGAAAAGGAGAGUUUUGCUGAACUCUCAACUUACUUGGAGAGGAUGAUUCCUGUCCUGACAGAAUUGUCCAUGAAAAACAUCGAUGCCUCAGAAAGCUUAAAAAAUGUUGUUGAGGUUCUAAGUAGGAAGAUCAACAUUGCGAAGCAGCUUGUAUUGGACUGCAGCAAGAGAAACAAGGUCUAUCUUCUAGUAAAUUGCCGGAAGAUUGUUAAAUGCUUAGAGGACGCCACAAGAGAAAUCAGUCGGGCACUGAGCCUCAUCCCUUUGGCCUCACUGGAUCUCUCAUCUGGUAUCACUGAAGAAAUCACCAAGCUGCAAGAUAACAUGCUGAGAGCAGAGUUUAGAGCAGCUGUAGCAGAGGAAGAUAUAUUGGAGAAAAUCGAGUCGGGAAUACGAGAGAGGAAUGUUGAUCGUUCUUACGCAAAUAAUCUGCUGCUUCUCAUUGCGGAUGCUGUCGGGAUUCCAACCGACCACUCAGCAUUGAAGAAGGAAUUUGAAGAAUUCAAGAAGGAAAUAGAAGAAACAAAACUGAAGAAGGACCAGGCUGAGGCUAUACAAAUGGAUCAGAUCACUGCAUUGCUUGGAAGGGCUGACGCCGCUUCAUCCCCUGAGGAAAAGGAGACCAAAUAUAUCAAUAAACGUAACUCUUUAGGUAGCCAACCACUAGAACCUCUGCAGUCAUUUUACUGCCCAAUCACUAAGGAAGUUAUGGUGGACCCUGUGGAGACUUCCUCUGGACAGACAUUCGAGAGAACUGCAAUACAGAAGUGGUUUGCAGAGGGGAACACCAUUUGUCCCUUGACCAUUACCCCGCUAGACACUUCAAUUUUACGGCCUAAUAAAACUCUGCGACAGUCAAUUGAAGAAUGGAAAAAUAGGAACACAAUGAUUACAAUUGCUUCCUUGAGAACCAAAAUUCACUCAGAUGAUGAGCAAGAAAGGCUUCGUUCCCUCAGCCUGCUGAAGGAACUUUGUGAAGAAAAUGAUUUGCAUCGCGAAUGGGUAGCAUUGGAGAACUAUAUUCCAAUUCUCGUUGAACUUCUUGGUGCUAAAAAUCGUGAUAUGAGGAACAAUGCUUUGGUCAUUCUUCGCAUGUUGGCAAGGGAUAGUGAUGAUAACAAGGAAAAAAUCGCUCAUGCUAAAAAAGCCAUCGAAUCUAUUGUUAAGUCACUUGCACGUCGUAUUGGGGAGAGUAAGUUAGCAGCAGCACUGCUUUUGGAACUCUCAAAAAGUGAAGAGGUAUGUCACUACAUUGGGAAGGUUCAGGGCUGCAUACUCCUCUUGGUGACCAUGACAAGCCAAGACGACACUCAAGCUGCCAGAGAUGCGAAAGAGCUUUUGGAGAAUCUCUCAUUUCUUGAUCAGAAUGUGAUACAGAUGGCAAAGGCAAAUUAUUUCAGGCCUCUGUUGCAGCGUCUUUCUUCAGGGCCUGAAAACGUCAAAAUAAUGAUGGCAACGACUUUGGCAGAAAUGGAGUUAAGUGAUCACAGUAAAUUGACUUUAUUCGAAGAAGGGGUGCUGGGACCGCUUCUUGACUUGGUCACACAUGUUAAUGUGAAGACAAAGGAAGUGGCUGUUAAAGCUCUUCGGAACCUCUCAACCUUACCACAGAAUGGCUUGUGGAUGAUUAGAGAAGGUGCGGUUAGCCUACUGCUUGACCUCCUCUACCGUCAAAGCUCAUCCUUCCCAAGCUUGCGAGAACAUGUAGCAGCAACUAUAAUGAACCUUGCCAUAUCAACUGCAACAGAAGAAGCCUGUCAGACAGAAUUGUCAAUGUUGAAAUCUGAUGAUGAUAUUUUCAAACUAUUUUUAUUCAUAAAUAUGACUGGACCUGAUGUACAAAGAAGCGUUUUACAGACCUUUCAUGCGUUGUGCCAACCCCAGUCUGCUACAGAUUUAAGGUCUAAACUUAGACAGUGCUCAGCUGUUCAAGUUUUGGUUCAAUUAUGUGAGCUUGAGAAUGCAACUGUACGAGCAAAUGCUCUGAAGUUGUUAUGUUGCUUAACAGCAGAUGGCGAUGAUAGCACAUUGUCAGAGCAUGUUAAUCAGAGGUUUGUUGAAACCUUACUCAGGAUCAUCAAAACUUCUAAUGAUAAUGAAGAGAUUUCUGCUGCACUCGGUAUUGUUGCUAAUCUCCCCAAGGACACACCCCAAAUCACUCAGUGGCUUUUAGAUGCUGGGGCUCUUCUGGUCAUUUUCAAUUUUCUUAGUGAUAGAAAUUAUACUGGUUCAGGUAGAAACCCUCUAACUCAGAAUGCCGCAGCAGCAAUAUGCCGUUUCACUGUUGCAACAAACCAAGAGUGGCAGAGGAAAGCGGCGGAAGCUGGCAUUAUUCCUGUGCUGGUAGAGUUGCUGGACUCUGGUACCGCUUUGGCAAAAAGAUAUGCAGCAAUUUCACUAGCUCAGUUUUCACAGAGUUCAGUUAGGCUGAGCAAACCAAUAAAGAAGCAUGGGGGACUAUGGUGUUGGUCACCCCCGCCUGAAACGGCCUGCCCAGUGCACAUGGGCAUAUGCUCUGUGGAGUCCUCAUUUUGUCUCUUGGAGGCUGGUGCGGUGCGUCCCCUUGUGAGGGUGCUUAGAGAGCUAGAUAUUGGAGCCUGCGAAGCUGCUUUAGAGGCACUGGUGACCUUGAUUGACGGUGAAAGAUUGCAGAGUGGUAGUAAGGCACUAGCGGAGGCAAAUGCCAUUGCAACAAUCAUUGGGUUAUUAGGCUCACCUUCUACCCAGUUGCAGGAGAAAUCUUUGUCUGCUUUGGAGAGGAUUUUCCGGCUGGCAGAGUUCAAGCAAAAGUACGGGGCUUCAGCUCAGAUGCCUUUAGUAGAUAUAACUCAGAGGGGAAACAGUGUUAUGAAAUCUUUGGCAGCCAAAAUACUUGCUCACUUGAAUGUGCUUCAUGACCAGUCCUCUUAUUUUUGAAUUAAUUGGAUUCUUUGCCUCAAACAGAAUACUCUUACUAAAUCUGUUAAGAUUGUGUAGUUUUUCUUUGCAAGAAAAUCAAGCAGCUGAAGGGGCGGUGGUCCUCUUUAAGUAUUGUACUGAAGCUUUGAUUCAGAAUUCAGGAUGAGCAAUGUACCAUAACUCAAGACUGGUCCAUCUAAAGCAAGGUCAUUACUAAAACUAGAAGUUUGAUUCUUUUGUGUAAAUUGGUGACAAUAAUGUACUUCAUACAAAAGGCAAUGAUGGUAUGGUUCUUUGCAAUCAGGGCAUUUGCACUAGAAGAAGUUGAAUUUUGGGACGAAAGACAUUCUUCAUUCUUGUAAUUCUACUUGUAAUAAAAUCACUACUGUAUUCUUUUCCA